GGCACCGCCCCGCUCCGGGGCCGCUGUCAGGAUGAGGCGGCGGAGGCGCAGGCCGGCCCGGGCCGCCCCCGCCCCCCGCCGGGCCGCGCUCCCUUAGCGGCGCCGCUGCCGGGAGGAGCCCGCGCGUCCGCGCCAUGGCCCAGCGCGGGGCCGGCACCGCGCCCGACGAUGCUCUUCUACAACGGGUGGCAGAGUUGGAAAAGGUCAAUGCAGAAUUUCUGCGUACAAAGCAGCAACUUGAGCAAGAAUUUAAUCAAAAGAGAGCAAAAUUUAAGGAGUUAUAUUUGGCUAAGGAAGAGGACUUGAAGAGACAAAAUGCAGUGCUGCAAGCAGCCCAAGAUGAUCUGGGCCAGUUGCGGACCCAGCUGAUGGAAGCUCACGCUGAAAUGGAGAACAUCAAAGCUAUCGCUACAGUGUCUGAGAAUACAAAACAAGAAGCUAUUGACGAGGUGAAGAGGCAGUGGCAAGAAGAAGUAGCUUCACUACAAGCUAUUAUGAAAGAGACUGUUCGUGACUACGAGCUCCAGUAUCAUCACAGGUUGGAGCAAGAGCGAGCUCAGUGGAAUCAGUAUCGAGAAAAUAUGGAACGGGAAAUAGCGGAGUUAAGGCGGCGACUUUCUGAAGGUCAAGAGGAAGAAAACCUAGAAAAUGAAAUGAAAAAGGCCCAGGAGGAUGCAGAGAAGCUGCGCUCGGUUGUGAUGCCAAUGGAGAAAGAGAUCGCGGCACUAAAAGAGAAGCUCACAGGGGCUGAAGAAAAAAUAAAAGAGUUAGAGGCAUCAAAGGUUAAAGAGCUGAACCAUUAUUUGGAAGCAGAAAAGUCGUGUAGGACAGACUUAGAGAUGUACGUGGCUGUUCUCAACACGCAAAAAUCAGUCCUGCAAGAAGAUGCAGAAAAGUUGCGGAAAGAACUGCAUGAAGUCUGCCAUCUCCUAGAGCAAGAGCGACAGCAGCACAACCAGUUGAAACACACAUGGCAAAAAGCCAACGACCAGUUCCUGGAGUCUCAGCGUUUGCUGAUGAGGGACAUGCAGCGUAUGGAAAUUGUUCUGACCUCCGAGCAGCUCCGACAAGUGGAGGAGCUGAAAAAAAAGGAUCAGGAAGAAGAUGAUCAGCAAAGGCUUAGCAAGGGCAAGGAGCAGACACAGAAGGAUUCCGAUGAUGAAACGAAAACUUCCUGCUCUCUAGCCCACGAGGAAACCCUUCCCCAGCUCUCUAAUGAAGAGGUGCACGUAAAUAGCACCCACGGCUCAGUCCAUUCACUGGAUGCAGACUUGCUUCUUUCUUCUGGCGAAUCUUUCAACAAAUCCGAUAAUGAUAUGUUUAAAGAUGGACUACGGAGAGCACAGUCAACAGACAGCCUAGGGACAUCUGGAUCCUUACAGUCCAAAGCUUUAGGAUACAACAACAAAGCAAAAUCUGCCGGGAACCUGGAUGAGUCGGAUUUUGGACCACUUGUUGGAGCAGAUUCGGUGUCUGAGAACUUUGAUACAGCUUCCCUGGGCUCUCUACAAAUGCCAAGUGGGUUCAUGUUAACCAAAGAUCAGGAAAAAGCAAUCAAAGCAAUGACACCAGAGCAAGAAGAGACUGCUUCGCUUCUUUCCAGUGUUACACAAGGGAUGGAAAGCGCUUACGUGUCUCCUAGCGGUUACCGCCUGGUUAGCGAGACAGAGUGGAACCUGCUGCAGAAGGAGGUGCAGAACGCAGGGAACAAGCUGGGCAGACGCUGCGACAUGUGCUCAAAUUACGAGAAGCAGUUGCAAGGUAUCCAGAUCCAGGAGGCAGAGACAAGAGACCAGGUGAAGAAGCUGCAGGUGAUGCUCAGGCAGGCUAACGACCAGCUGGAAAAGACGGUGAAAGAUAAACAGGAGUUGGAGGAAUACAUGAAACAAAGUGCUGAAGACUCCUCUAAUCAGAUCUCUCUGCUCAUGGCUCAGUGUCAAAAGUCAGAGAACUUCCUCAGUGAACUGCAGCAGGCGUUUCUGCAAGCCAAGAGGAGCGUCCAGGAGCAGAUGGCUGUCCUGACGCAGUCACGGGAACAGGUUUCAGAAGAGCUGGUGAGACUGCAGAAAGAUAACGAGAGCCUUCAAGGUAAACAUAGCCUGCACGUGUCUCUACAGCAAGCUGAGGAUUUCAUUCUGCCAGAAGCACCAGAGGAGCUCCGGGAGCUGAUUUUAAAAUAUCGUGAGGACAUAAUUAGCGUGCGGACAGCAGCAGAUCACCUGGAGGAGAAACUUAAGGCCGAGAUCUUAUUCUUAAAAGAACAGAUUCAAGCUGAACAAUAUUUGAAAGAAAAUAUAGAAGAAACCCUGCAGCUGGAAAUAGAGAAUUGCAAAGAGGAAAUAGCUUCCAUUUCCAGUUUAAAAGCUGAACUGGAAAGAAUAAAAGUGGAAAAGGAACAGUUGGAAAGUUCUUCGCAGGAAAACCUGCAGCAGCUGGAGAGUCUGCAGGAAGCAAAAAAUGCUCUAGAAGAGCAGCUGAAGAAGGAGACCGCAGCCAAGGCAAACCUCGAACAGCUGGUGUUUGAAGAGAAGAACAAAGCGCAGCGGUUGCAGACCGAGUUAGAUGUCAGCGAGCAAGUGCAGAGAGAUUUUGUAAAGCUUUCUCAGACGCUUCAGGUGCAGCUGGAGCGGAUCCGGCAGGCAGAUUCCCUGGAGAGAAUCCGUGCAAUCCUGAACGACACAAAACUGACGGACAUUAAUCAGCUUCCUGAAACAUGACACCCUGAUGGGCGGGCUCCACGGCUGCGUUUGGGGUUUUUAACUCAUCUUUAUAGCAACAUUAAUUAUUAUUUAACUCUAACCGAAAGAGCAGAAGACAACAGAGGGGAGCAAUGACAAAUACGUUUUGUUUCUAGAGGGAAAAAGGUUUCAUACUGGGCAGGAAGAGAGCACAAGGGUGACUUGCAGUGUAGGAAGGAGAACUUUCUAAUGGAAACACUAACGAGUGCAGUGUUUCGUGUUCCACUGAGUGGGAUCAGUCCUUACAUUCUGAAAACCUUCCCCUCUUUCAGCCGACUUCGUAACCUAACCUAGAGUUUUGGAACAUGUCCCCCCCGUCUUUCCCUCUUCCCUUUCCCCCUACUACUGUGAUCAAAGUAGCUGCUGGAAACCAUGUUGUCCCUCCAAACCGUUGAAGAGCAGAGUGGUUGAAGUUUUUCUGUUUGCCUAGUCAGUGACAGUAUUCAGCUAGCAGAGAGGAUGAGGUGUAGAGUACGCUGUAUGAAUAUUUUAUAUUAAAAUAUGACUUUAUUAGCAGGACACUGGAUAUUGAUCUUAUUUCAUAACUCAGUACUUUGGUUUGGUUUUGGUUUUCCCAUUGACUUUGUGUUGAAGACCUGGAUGCUGCUGAACUGUGGUGGACACGAGUGAGCUGUGUGUCUCCUGAGCCGAUAACCGCUAAUCCAAAAUGAUGAAAAAUGUACUGAGAACCUAGUUCCUUGAAGUUUUUCCGUUGAAUUCUGAUACUUAAAGAGAAGCACAAGAAAUGCACUGUUUUGUAAUCUCUUUUCACAAAUGUAAUUUAGGAUAUGGAGCUACGACUGGUUCUUCCUCCUCUCUGAAGCUGAGCAGUACCUGUAAUCCCUUCUCGGUGUUUAAGAAAAGCCAGCGAAGCUCCUGUGCGCUGUCUUGAGUGUUGCAUGGGGCUCCGCAGGCCGGCUUUGCUCCGGGGGUGGUCACACUGGAUGCGAAGGCACCAGCUUUCACUGGGAAGGGUCAAGGUAAGGUGCUGAACGAAAUUCUGGGCCUGACCCGUCUCUGCUGAGUCAGCUUAGGAUGCGAAACAGCACUCGUGUUCAGUGACAGAGCACAGAUGCGCUGAAGCUGCAUUGUUCUGCUGGUUGAGGUUUGGAAGGUGCAGGGCAUCUCUUAUUUGACAUGUGGUAUCACGGUAUUGCUCAGAGCUGACGCUCCCAUCUGUCUGGAACUGUGCAUUUAACUCGCACCAUGUGAUGGCAGCAGAGGUGAGGAAUCCCUGUGGUCAGUCAGGUGCUGGGUCUGGGUUUCUUGGUCUGUAGACGUGUUGCAGUGAUGUGACAAUUCCUGCUCUUUGUCCUCCUCUUGCUGGAGUUGGAUGCCCACAGUUGGACAGCGAGGGGUUUGUGUAGGGUUGCAGGUGCUGAUCACAGGUGUGGAACCAGCCGAGUUCCCGACCUGACCCUUACCUACAACUCCACUAGAAGGGAGCCUGAAGGAGCAGAUCAUCACUGUCCAAAUUAUGUAGCUUAGACUUUCCUCCCUUGAUGGUUCUUUUUUCUUUACGUCCUUGACCGUAGAUCUGAAGAUGAUGAAGAAAACCAGAAGUGACAGAAAAUGCUCCCAGCUGUAAUGCACAUUCCUGUGUUUUAAGUGCUUAAAUCCUGUUUUUAGCAGUGUACAUCCUCCUACUAACGUAAAGCUGAACGUUAGAGCGGUGGUUUUGAAGAGGAAUGCCUUAAAUACAGCCAAAAAAGAAGCAGAUGAGCUCAAUCCCUUGUCACUCAUUGCAAGAUUUAAAGCAUAUUCUUCCCCCAGCAAUUAAUUCCUUUCAUAAUCCUGACACCCAAAACCAUUUUCCCUACCUUAGUAAUGAUGAGACUAAAAGAGGGCAGAGCUGUCGUCUUCCAGGCGACGCUUGGUUUCACUUUCAGGUGAAACUGAGAGGUGGCUCAGGUUCUUUCUGAAUUGGCUGUUACCAGAUUUGGAGGGGUUUAACCUUUCUCGCUAUUUGCUGAUCUGUGAGGUGACAGCAGCCACCUCCCAGUGCAGAAAUCCAAUACAGGGUAUUUCCAUUCAGUUUUCCAAUGGUUUAAGGCCCUAUCCUAUUGAAUGAACUUGAGGGAAAAAGGUACCGGUCUGUGAUAGGAGCUGCAGAAGGCAAAGCUUUUUCCUGUCCCUAGAACUCGCUCUUACCUAGCGACUGGUACUUAACCCGUGUGGCGGUGUCGUGACGACGGAGCUGGUUGCGUAUGGCGAGGCUACAGCAAACCCUGCAGCCGGCUGCACGCUUGACUUGGGGAGCGGCGCAGAGAGUUUGUGCUUGAGUUUCUAGACUGCCCUCAUGCGAGAAAGCAAGGAAAACGGCUGCUUAGGGCCUCUUGGCAUCCCGUUCUGGCCCCUGUCCUGGUGCCUGUUCACGGCAGUCCUGCCCUGCUCUCUGCUCGCCGUAGCUGAGGAUUUCAGGUUGUUUCAGACUCACAGGGCUGCUGUGGCGCUUCCUUCGCGGCUGUUGUACGAGCUGCUGCCGUGGCUUUCAGCAGGGGCAGUGGGUGAGCGGGCAGUCAGGCGGUGGGUGCCCCCGGGCGCAGAGGAGGCCAUUGCAGAAUGGAGUUUGCAUGUCUGUGUGUCGUGUGCAUGCUUGUGCGCUUCCUCGGUGGGCAGCGGUGGUGGUGUUGGUCGCGUGGUAGGGCAGGAGAGUGCCCAGGGCUGGUUCUGGCUGCUGGCUUCCUCGUUUACAAACUAGGCACCGCACGAGCCGGUGAUGGAGCAGCCUCUUGGUUGGGAGAGGCAGAGCGCCCAGUUCCUGUACGGUUGUUUCCGUUUCAGCACACGAGUCUGUCAGGCACCCAAACGCCUUUGCUGCUGUUCGCGUACAGCUGUCACCGUUGUAGAGCUGGAUCUUGAGUGACCCUUUUCACCAACCAGUGCAAAUCUCUUGUUGUUAAUCAGAACUGGGCUGUUCACGCGGCUGCGCUCCCUGCACCAGCGGGGCCUUUCCAGGGAGGAGAGCGCAGCUUCAGAAGCAGGAACUUGUGCUUGAAACUUAAAGGGGCCUUUAAAAACAAACUGAAAGAGUGUGCCAAACGCAGAACGAAUUGAAAGCAGUGUAGGAAAAACUGUUGGUGUAGAUACUGGAUGGUGGAGGUAUCAGAAACCAAAUGCUCUUCCCCCCAGUUCUUGGUGUUCUGGAGCUUGAUGUGAGUUGGGUGGUGGGUUCUCCUGGCUUAGCAAGAGCUUCCCAACAGGCAGUGCUGUAACUGGGCAGGGCAGCUACAGCCAGGGGUGAGUGGAAACCGGACUCUGCUCACAUGGACUGGGAGAGGGAGAUGGGCUUGUACACAUUCCUAUACCUGUAGAGUCUUAAUCUGUACAAAAAGUGUUCUUGCAGCAUGUCCGGUAGCCCUGGUACCAGCCGGUACCUCCAGCCCCCCUUUCCUCCCGCUCCCCUGCGGCACCUCCCGCCGUGCCGCUUGCCCAGCAGCGCAGUGCAGUGCUACUUCUCCAACAGAGCUUGGCUGGGGCGCCUUUCCGAGCGCUGGAGGGAGCAGGGACAGUCUUAUUGUCCUCUGAGGUUUGACUCCAGCAGAUCGGGAAUUGGCCUUUCUGAGGCCACGACAGUGUUGGGAAGUCAAUACUGUAUCCCAGCCAGCCAAGCCUUGGUGUCCUGUGCAAUUGUGGGUGUAGAGUUCCGCUGUCUCCAGGAUUCCGUGUAACCCUUUGUUAACUGUAUUGAAGGUGUGUCCUUAUGGAGAGUGUUCCCAAUUAAAAAAACACUGCUGAAUCU